GUACAUACAUCGCGGCUACCUUGUCGCUAGUUUUAUGACGUCAUGGCUAUUCCUGGGACGUUUGUUUGACGCGACGAGACGUCCAAGACAGGCAACGUUCAACAACAAAUUGCUUUUUUAAAAACAUUACUGUGUUACUUUACUCGAUAGUUGGGUAUUUAUUUCGAUACAUAACACGCACUUGUUAAUUCAAGGUUGGAAAUCGCUUUCUUUGAAUCAAGAUGUCGUACAUGUUGCCACAUCUCCACAAUGGCUGGCAGGUGGACCAAGCCAUCCUGUCGGAGGAGGACCGAGUCCUGGUCAUCCGCUUCGGACACGACUGGGACCCAACGUGCAUGAAAAUGGACGAGGUCCUUUACAGCAUCGCUGAAAAGGUCAAAAACUUUGCCGUCAUUUACCUCGUGGACAUCACAGAAGUGCCCGAUUUCAACAAAAUGUACGAGUUGUACGACCCCUGCACCAUCAUGUUCUUCUUCAGGAACAAACACAUCAUGAUUGAUCUGGGCACCGGUAACAACAACAAGAUCAACUGGAUCAUAGAGGACAAGCAGGAGAUGAUAGACAUUGUGGAAACGGUGUACCGAGGAGCGCGGAAAGGAAGAGGUUUAGUGGUGUCUCCCAAGGAUUAUUCCACUAAAUACAGAUAUUGAUUUUAUUUUAUUUUAUUUUUUUCCUUUGCCUGCCUGUUUUGUUCAGUGUUUGCCUUUCCCAUUCGAUAGUUUGACAACAGAGAGACAGUAAGUAACGGAGAGCAAAGCAAAAUAGAUUUUCUUUUUGCUUUGUCGAUGAAGGAGGGGAGGAUCGUCAUCUAGGGUUUUGUUACUGUUUGUGUUUCAUGUUUUUCCACCAUUUCAUGAGUAUUAGGUUGUGUCCUGUGUUUUUCGAAAUCUUAUUUCUGUGAAAUAAGAGUAAAACAGAUCGGACACAAUGUAUUUGGCCUCUUAUUGGACUGUUGUAAAAAAUAUGAAUUUCUACUUUAAAACAC